AUGUCGUCCACCACGCCCAUCAUCCCGGACUUGAAGGGCAAGCGAGUUCUUAUCACAGGUGGCUCUUCGGGCAUCGGCAAAGCGGCUGCGUUUUCUUUCGAUGCAAACAACUGCAAGGUUGCGAUCCUAGGCAGGAGGCUCGAACGCUUGGACGCAGUGUCGAAGCAGCUGAAGCAUGGGGUGUCGAUUGUGGCGGACCUGACGAAGGAAGAGGACAUGAAACGCGCCGUCAAAGAGACCAUUGAGAAACUGGGUGGCCUUGACAUCUUAAUCAACAGCGGCGGGGCUUCCACAGGGCUGCCGGGCGACGACGAGGCGGCCUUCAUAGCAGAAUUCAAGCUGCACGUCACAGGGAAUCUGACGCUCAUCAAGGCAGCAGAGGAGGAGCUCAUCAAGAACAAGGGCUCAGUGGUCAACAUUUCUUCUGCGAUCGCCAUAAUGCCUGCGGUCGGCUUCCUGACUUAUGGCGUGGCCAAAGCGGCUCAAGACAAGCUGACCAGAGACCUGGCCUUCCAGUAUGCCCCCAAGGGCGUGCGCUUCAACUCCCUUCUGCCAGGUGUGAUAAACACAGAGCUGUAUGAUGGAAUGGCAGAGGCCAAGGGUGUGCCCAAGGCUGAUCUGAUGGCGGGUCUGGGGACCACCCACCCGCUGGGUCGCGUGGCAGAGCCGGAGGAAGUUGCUGCUGCAAUUGUUUUCCUGGCGUCCAACGCCGCAUCCUUCAUCACCGGUGUCAACCUGCUUGUGGAUGGCGGCAUGACCCUCGGGUACUGGUUCAACAAGGGCUGA